CGGGCACUGAGUCACCAGGCACGACAGUGGGCUCCGAGUCAACUGGCAAGACUGCGGGCACCGAAUCAACUGGCAAGACUGCGGGCACCGAGCCAACUGGCGAAACAGUGGGCAUCGAGUCAACUGGCGGAACAGCGGGCACCGAGUCGUCUAGCAAGACUGCGGGCACCGAUUCGUCUGGCAAGACUGCGGGCACCGAGUCGUCUGGCAAGACUGCGGGCACCGAGUCGUCUGGCGGAACAGCGGGCAUCGAGUCAACUGGCAAGACUGCGGGCACCGAGUCGUCUGGCAAGACUGCGGGCACCGAGUCGUCUGGCAAGACUGCGGGCACCGAGUCGUCUGGCAAGACUGCGGGCACCGAGUCAACUGGCGGGAACAACGGGCACCGAGUCGUCUGGCAAGACUGCGGGCACCGAGUCGUCUGGCAAGACUGCGGGCACCGAGUCGUCUGGCAAGAUUGUGGGCACCGAGUCGUCUGGCAAGACUGCGGGCACCGGGUCAUCAGGUACCGGAUUGUCUGGCUCGACAGCGGGCAUCGGGUCACCAGGCAUCAGGUCAUUUGGCUUGCCAGCGGGCACCGCGUCAUCUGGCAAGGCAGUGGGCACCGGGUCACCAGGC